ACAACUCCCGUUCAUGAGCGCGCUGUCCUCACCGUGAACGCGCACGGCAGCUCGUGUCCGUGUCCCGUCUGCUGUUGUCGGUUGUCAGCAGAGGUUCAGAGACAUGGCUGCUCUCAGUAAGAUACCGCACAACUGCUACGAGAUCGGCCACACCUGGAGCCCGUCAUGUGUGCAGUCUGCUGUGGAUGUAACCAGGGGCGCCCUCGAAGUGUCCUUCAAAAUCUACGCCCCCCUUUACCUGAUAGCAGCAGUUCUAAGGAGAAGAAAGAAGGAUUAUUACUUAAAGAGGCUUCUUCCUGAGAUCCUGUGGUCUACCUCUUUUCUCACUGCCAAUGGAGGACUCUACAUUGUUUUCUUCUGUAUUCUCAGGAAAUUACUGGGAGGCUUCUACUCUUGGUCAGCUGGCUUUGGCUCAGCUCUGCCUGCAUCCUACAUUGCAAUCCUCCUGGAGCGCAAGAGCAGGAGAGGGCUGCUGACAAUAUACAUGACAAAUCUUGCCAUUGAGACUUUGUUCCGCAUGGCAGUGACACGAGGCAUCGUCACACCCAUCAAACAUGGAGAGGUUCUCUUGUUCUGCGUGACUUCGUCACUCUACAUGUUUUUCUUCAGGAGUAAAGACGGUCUCAAGGGCUUUGCAUUCUCUGCAUUAAAGUUUCUCAUCGGCAAAGAGGAGAUUCCGACUCACCCCGUCACAGCGGAACAAGUCUGCACGAGACCCGUGGAGAGACCAGCUGCUAUAGAGACUGAGGACUCGCAGGAACCAGCAGAAAGACCCAGCUCCAGGAGGAAAACUCUGGUAGCCUACAGCAGGGAGCUGCUAGAAUUAAUAUGCAAAAAAGGUCCAAGACACAGAUGUUGCAAACAUUACCAAGACAACUGCAUCUCCUACUGUGUCAAAAGUUUUGUCAGGAUGUUUAGUGUUGGCUACCUAAUCCAGUGUUGUCUCAAGGUGCCCUCAGCCUUCAGGCAGAUGUUCUCUAAACCGUCACGGCUCCCCUCCCUUUUCUACCACAAAGAGAACUUCCAGCUCGGGGCCUUUCUAGGAUCUUUCGUCAGCAUCUACAAGGGGACAAGCUGUUUGCUGCGCUGGGUGCGUAACAUUGAUGAUGAACUCAAUGCACUGAUUGCCGGCUUCCUGGCUGGUACCUCAAUGUUCUUCUACAAAAGCACCACAAUAUCCAUGUAUCUCUUCACCAAGUUGGUGGAGACAAUGUACUUCAAGGGGAUCGAGGCCGGUCGCUUCCCUUACUUCCCCCAUGCAGACACAGUCCUGUACGCCAUCUCCACUGCUAUCUGUUUCCAGGCUGCUGUGAUGGAAGUGCAGAACCUCAGGCCAACAUACUGGAAGUUCCUGCUGCGCUUAACGAAGGGCAGGUUUGCUCUGAUGCACCGACAGUUGCUUGAUGUGUUUGGGACUCAGGCCUCCAGGGACUUUAAAGGCUUCGUGCCCAAACUGGACCCUCGUUUCACCUCAGUGCUGCCACCGGGAGCCGACUUCACGCUGGGAUGAUUUGAGACCAGGCGCGCUCGCAGACGCUAAGGAGGUUACCUCAAUGGAAUACGGACAGUUUGGCUGUUUUUAGUUUUUUUUGUUUCUGAGUAAUUUAAGGUUUUAUAAAGUGAUAUAACAGUUCAAGUGUAAUGGUGAUUUGAAGAGAUGGGAUGUAUUAAGGUCCAAGAUCUGUCAGAGGCAGAGUGUCAUGAGGGUGAGGUGUGGUGUGUUUUACAGCCCCAUUUACAGACAUGCGGAUUAUGGACUCCGGUAACUCGUAAAGGGAGGAACCACUCAUUUUUAAAUUGACAGAUAUGUUGGUGGAAAUAUUUUUGGUCCUAAUGAAAGCCUUAAUGAUACAAGAACAUACUGAUAAUAAGAAAGCCUUUUACAUUUGGAGAUAUAUUAUGUUUGAUUUUUACAUUUGGAUGAAUGACAUUUACCUUCCAGUGUCACAAAAUCAAAAGAAGCCUGAUUGGUCGAUUGAGAAUGAAAUCUGAUUCCAUAACAAAAUUCCCUUUGUUAUAUAUUUUAAAAAUUUAAUUUGGGUUUGCCCUCAGUUUAAACAUUUGGAAGCUGCGUUCACAGCUCAAAGUGAAACCCACCAACUCGUCGUUUUUGGAAUAAAGAAGGAAAUCCCUGUCUGUGACUUUGCUUGGAAAACAGAUUUGAGCUUAACAUCUCCCUGAUCAUUAUAGAAUGUAUAUGUUUUAUGAGACUAAUGAUUAUAUAGCCUUAUUAGAUCAUCUAUAAUGUAUAAGACAGUGGGACGUUUAUUUAGAUUGUGAUCUGUGAUGUGAAAAUAUGACGGAAACGUUUUCUCGUGGACUUUCAAGGAUGCAGUCGAGGAUUCCCCCUGAAUCUCCAUCUUCAUCAGUUUUCUUUUUUAACUACACUUUACAGAAUUUAUUGCAGUAGUAGGAAUCAACAAAGGAUACUUAAUGGAGUAAAAGAUAUGGGGGGUGUGGCCUCUUUUGAAAUGAGCAGCAAAGGAUUGAAAUGAGCAGCAAAGGGUGAUCAGUAGUUGAACCAGCGACAGCUGAAACAAGAACUACAACCUCUGUAGAUGUGCGAGUGCUUCAACUACAAGGCCCACUGGUGCCCUGUCAAAUGUUUGACAGUAUAAGAAAGGGUUUGGUUGGAGGAUAGUCCACUAACUGCCCAAACUAGCCUGUAGUUUGCAACUUUGACCGACAUAACUGAAAAGAUAACACAGAAAGGACUUGUUUUAAAAAUCCACAAAAUUGAAAGACUGAAUAAUUUCAAGCUGUAAUCCACAAAGUAUGAUGUUUACACAAAGUUACACAAAGUCAUCACUAAAGUCGACCACAUCCAUCCUUUCCUUUCGUUGUCUUGAUUAGAAAUUGCAUCAGAAUCUACCGCUCACUAACACAGGACGAACCCUCACGUAGUUCACUUAGGUUCAAUGUUUGCUGUUUUCAUUUAGAUACGUUGUCUCUGUUCCAAGGUGAACCCUAUCACCCUAUCCCCUUCUCGAUUGAAGUAUUGUUUACUGAAGAGUUUGCACGAGGAAUCACUGAAGACAAUAAAAAGCACACACGGCAUUUUUUUUUUCUUUGUUUCUGUUGCGAAGAGAGAAGAAUAUCCACCAGAAAACUCUUUUCAAUCUUUAAUGUUCUCAUAAACACUUUUGUUCUGCAGUGAAUCAAGCAACAUACACAGCUGAAAAAUGACAUUCAAUAUCAAGCGCACAAUAAAUGACAACUUCAUUCCAGA